AUGACCUACUUGGCGAACCUUCAGUUCCAGCGAAUUCUUCGCGGCCCCCAAAACAAACCCUUCCCAAGAUCGGAGACAAUCCAACGCUCAAAGCAGACGUACCUUUCUCACGAUGAUCACGACAGCGGACCCGGCUCACUCGCCGCCCCAAUCAACCGAAAUGACAGUCUCGGUACAAGCGUUACGCGACCAGCCUCGGAGUCCGAUGGACCGUGUCAGGCUGAAUACUACUCGAGUAUUAUCCGUCGUCUCGCCUGGCUCGAGCAUUCUCGCCGCACCAACGAAGAGCCCCUAACAAUCGAUGUGGUCAUGGCAGCCGAAUGGGAAACUCGCCUGCUCAAAGAACAGUGGUUUACACGUGGUAGGGAUAUACCUAAGGACGGAGAACGUCUUUCUUCACGCUGCUCCAGCCUCAUGGCUUUGACCUUGCUUACAGAAUGUGUCGUCUCGCCUUGGGGGGAUAUCUUUCACACUACAUGGCCAAUAAACUCCAGUCCCGCUUCCCCCAGUGGAACGAGAAAUUUAUCGGCUCAGCAGUCCACUGCUCGCUUCGGGCGCUCUAUCCGUGACACCUUCGAUCGAAACUUCACUUGUCCUGUUCCGAAGGCAAAUUGCGAUCAAUUUUUGGGGAUAUUCAGGUUGGGCAACGAGGCCAAACCACGAGCCAUGAGGUGGAUCUUGCGGCGUUGGAUUCGGAAACUCUCGGCUACGUUGGUCGAUAUGAAAAGGUUUGUGGGGCCACGAGGUGUCAUGCAAAGAUCUGAGAAGCAGAUCGACGAAGACCUCCACCACCGGGUGGAGUUCUUCCAAGGAAGAGUGGAACUGGUGAAAUAG